AUGUCCAAUUCGCCGAUUGAAGGAUAUUUGCUGCUCAUGGGCCCAACCCGUCUUACCAGUCGAAUCUUCGUAGGAAACUUGCCGCCAUGCAGCCGAAAGGAACUUGCUGAGCUAUGUGCGGGUUAUGGAAAGGUUUUGGGUACAAUGAUUCAGGGGACGUUUGGAUUUGUUCAGUUCGAAAGCGAAAGACAGGCCAACAUAGCUAUUAUGGCUCUGAACCUGUCGCGAUUCAAGGCCAAAACCCUGACUGCCCAUAGCGCCACCUUUCAAUCUAUGGAGGAACACGGCUAUGCUCCCAGACAGUUCGGGGAGGAUGUGCUCGUCACCGAGGCCGACUCUUCGGGGCAGGAUCUGAUUGCCGACUGCGAGAUCAUAGCGAUGGAGCUGAUAGCUUUCCAUGAAGCUAUGCGCAUCCGGGAUCGCCUCAUCGAGAAGGGACUGUGCACGGAGGUGCGUUCGCCGAUCGCAAUGGAUGAAAACGAACCGCUCACCAGUCUGGCGGAGCUCGCAGCACUUGGCACCCAGUACGCCAUGGUCUUGACGUCCGUGAAUGGGAUCCUGGGCACGGCGGCAGUGCACUACUUGUAUGAGGACCGUUCUGAGCAUCCCGGCUUGACGGUGGAUCAGGCCAUCGAGAUGGUUGUGUCGGACUUCAACCGCCGCCAUGUCUUUAAAUCAGCGGAUGGUGCUCGUAACUGA